GACGGCUACACGGCGAAGUGCAUGGCGGCCGAGCAGAGGGCGGUCUUGGAGGAGCACCUGAAGGGGGCGAGGGCGACCUUGGCCUUCCUGUGCGAUGACCCCGUCUUCCAGAAAGAUUAUCUUUCCCACGGCCAGUGCAUUAUAGACGUGCGUGAUGACUGGGACAAAUGCCACAACCACUUCAAGUAUUUGGUCAACAGGGAGCAUAUCAGAGGCAAUAUCACGCAGGCGAAGAGGGACCAUAACAUAUGUUGCAUCCGAGCGGGGUUCCUCUCCUGUGUCUACGGGAUCAGCUACCUCAAGUGCGGCAAGAGCGAAGCCGUUUUCUUGAAAAAGGUGACGGAGACACUCUCCUAUAGCGACGUCCACCAGGAGAAGUGCAGAAAUGUAAGCAUCAGGACCUGCUCUUCGGGUAGAUCUUCUUCAGAAGUCGGAGGUCUUGUUGCUCUGGGUCUUGUGGCAUCGUUGGUCCUCAGUCGCUUUUCUUAAAGUAUAGAGGGAAAUGGGAAAAAAAUUGUCACAGUAGUGUGGAUAAUAUUCUC